AUGAACGGUCCUUUUGGAAGCUCCAAAGAGUUGUCUUCAUUUGCGCCUCAGCCGCAGCAUCCUUUCAUGUCAACACAACAAUUCCUACCUGCUCCGGGCCAGAAAUACCUACCGACACCACAGCAGCAAUUCCAGACCCCCGUGUUGCCUCCUUUGUCCCAGAAGCCUGCCCCAUUGCACAACUUGGUGAAUCGUACGACGCCCGGACGCGUGCAUAGUGAGCUCUUUGAUGCGUCGACGCGUAAACUCGACCACGAGCCUGGGAUUGACCUGAUCCACUCGAACUUGGUCCACACCAUAAUGGGCAACAAAACCCCUACACCACCACUAGAGCCGUUGGCCAUAAACAAAGAUCUCGCGUUGCAAUUUGUGAAGGCGUAUCUGGACCACAACAACAGGUCGUAUCCGAUAUUGAACGAAAAGGAGUUUCUGGGCAAGGUCGCAACGGUGGACUUUGACAGUUUCUUCCAGUCCCGCGGCAACCUUGAGGCAUCGUUCUUUUUUGAGCUCAACAUGAUAAUGGCCAUUGGUUGCACCACCUUGGAGCGAGCAGGAGUCAUCGACAAGAGCAAAGGCUACUCCAAGUAUUUUUCCUCAAAGUCGAUGAGUCUGCUCACCUCUGCUGUCUCCUUUCAAGACAUCUCUAGCGUGCGGUCGCUCGUUCUUUUGGGGAUUUAUUCUUUUUUCGACCCAAAGGGCCUGUACUCGUGGUCCAUUGUGGGAAUUUUGACCAGAAUAGCGGUUUCGUUAGGACUUAAUCGCAAAAUUAGAGACGUGGAGGCCAAGAGAAUGACCCCCGCACAGAUUGAGAUGAGACACAGGCUGUUCUGGGCCGUCUUCAACAUGGACAGACUAAUCUCCACAAGUUUUGGACGCCCUGUGGCCAUCAGAGACGAUGACAUCAACGUCCCUUUGCCCGAGCCGAUUGAUGGCGAGGGGGUCGAAACUCUCAACGUUACUCGGAAUAUAAUUGAGAUGAGAAGAAUUGAGGGAAUGAUUUUGACAAGCGUCCACUGUGUGAAAUCGUCAGAAAUUUAUCCCACUGCAGAGAACAAGGACGAGGUUCUUAGCAAGAUUCGACAGGAUAUCGAAAAAUGGUACAGCAACUCACGACUUUUAUCGUCUAAGUCGUCUCAGAAAGGAAACAUAUCUUUUUUGGAGUCCACGGCAUGGUUCUCGGCAAGAUACUACCACAUGCUGAUGUUGUUGUACCGCCCCUCGUACCUAUUUCCUAAACCUUCACUCAACAACUUGGAGAUUCUGGGCAGGGCCUGUCUUCAAAAUUUGUCUUUCACAUACAAUCUUUACACUUCAAAUUUGCUACCACUGAACUGGAUCACGCUUUAUCGCUUUUUGACAACUUGCACCACAAUUUUGUACUGUUUGUGCCACUGGUCAAUCGACUUGGUGGAGUCCAAGACUGACAUCCAUUUAUGUGUCGAGAUCCUCAACGGCUUCAGCGAAAACUGGUACUUUGCCAAACGCUGUGCAGAGGUGUUCAAGACCAUCGACGACGCUAUUCUAGACAUUUCGAUGAGCAGCUCCAACGGCCAGAUCCAGCCAGUCGACCAGCUUUUGGUCGAUUUGAUGAAUACAUCGUCUUCAUAUCACGAAAUAUUAUUCGAGAAUGAGGUCGAUAUAUGGUACGGAGAUGACUUUAUGAUUUCGGACGUGAAGAAAAAGCCGGAAUCAGAGGAUUAG